UGAAAAUAGCGUUCAAGUCUGGUAAAGACUUGAAAAUAUGCUACGUUUUAGUAGUUUCUAUAAUGUUUACAUUAUUGCACAUGUGGAUGUGAAUGUACAUACAAAUACUCCUGUGAGAAUGGUGCUAUUUAUUACACAGUCACAUUUAUUUGUUAUCUCAAAUUAGUUUGUUAUGUAAUCAAAACACUUUAUUAUCACCACAGUGUCAUUCUCUUCAUAUAUGAACAUGUGUAAGAACUACUUUUCAUCACGCUUAAAUGAGUCCCGAGUUAAGGCCUUUUGAAGCAAACAUGUAAAUCCUAACAAAUCAUCAGAAAGAUUUUUUCCCUUUUUUAUUUGACAUACACUAAGGAUUAUUUUCUGGUCUCACUAAUGGGCUUUGAAAUGAUUGGGAUUUCUUUGUUUCAGCUGAAGAGAGGAAAUAUGGUGACAUCAGUGUAGCUCUGAGAACUAGGCAUGUAUCUAUUCCCAUUUUUUCUCAUGGCUUGAAAGCACUGGGUCUUGUCUUCAUCAAUCUCGAUAUACUAAUAUUUUUUUAAUAUUCAGUGUCAUUCAGAUGUUGCUUCCUUGGGUAUUCACCUUGGAAGAAACAAUGAGGUCAAGCUAUUAAUGGCUGCUUGUUUUUAACCAUGUCUCUGAGAUCUGACAUAUGCACAUAGAUAUACUUACAUAAGGUGACAGAUUCAGUUGGGUAUCCUGAGCUGUAGGCAAAGUACUGUUUUGAGACAGUGUUCAAAAAAUGCAUUCAGAACAUCUCCCCUUUCACUCCUCCAUCCUUGAGAUAGCUCACAAAUGGUAUAUGCUGAUCUCCUCCCCCAUUUUGACUAACAUCUUCCCUUCUCCCCCCUCUUUUGAACAAUCACAUGGCUACUAUGAAGCUGCCUGUUAACAUGAGUCACAUAUGGAAGGUUCCGCUCUCACACUGAAGUACAAAAAAAGUAGAUUCUUAGUGGGCAUGAUAUCCAGGGAAUCUGAGAACUUCUUGAUAUUCUAUAGAUUUGGCCCCUAACUUGUCAUAUAUUACAUAGCAAUUAAGGAUGUUUGACAGAGAUAAACAUAAUAUAACUCUGUCUCUGGAGCCACCUCUGACACGAACAGCAAGAUGUACAAGAGUUAGAUUUCAAAGUCAUGAUCUUUAUAGGGGCACUUUUGUGUGUAUGACCUACAGAACUGGGCAACUCAGUUUCACCCGCGUCUCUCUUGUGUCCCUAGGAAAAUUUUUAUGUCUUUUCUGAAAAUAAAAGGAAAGGUUUUCCCAGUAGACCACACUGGGGAGGGGACUAGCACACAGCAGUGGAGGCUGCUCUGAGGAACACUGAAGCUGAGGAAUUAGUGCAAGGCUGUCGUGUAGCAAACAUGUUUAGCCAGCAGUGGUGUGCAUGGCACGGGUUAAGAGUUGCUACUAAAAGGCUGUGAUUUAGCAAAGUACUCAAGCAGAUAUUUAUCCCUAUUCCUCUUAAAGCAUCUCUGCUAAUGCAUGUUCCUAACUCAAGUCAGGUAGGUGAAUCCUACUGAUGGCAUUAGGUUUCUCACCUGGGCUGAGGCUUGAGACUACAUUUUUCCAUGGCAUCUCCAUCUGGGUGUUUUCCUAAGGCGUACUGUUACCCUGAGAGAUACUCCAGUUCUGCAAGUAAUUUUUCCAGAUUUUUACUUCUGUGCACAAGAAAUACACUGUCUUUGUAGAAAACAUUCCAUUGUCGGCUUUUUGAAGCACGUAUUCUUUUAGGUAAAUAGUUAAAAAAGCAGAAGAGUUUGCACUCAACCUACAGAGUUUAAUUCCUGGAGAAGAGUUACUUGGAAAUCCAUGUUGAUGUGUGUAUUGAGACUUCUAAGAGAGAGGUUGGCAUUAGUGUCUUUUGAUGGUUUCUUCACCCUAUUUGUAUGUAAUUAAAUAAGGUAAACACAGCUUCCUCUGAGUCUGAUUUCUCUCUCAACAGGGAAGCAGCUGGAAAGACCUUGAGAUUUGCUACGGCUUGGUAGAGGGAUGAGAGGCAAGCACUCUGUGUGUGUGUGUGUAUGUGUGCAGAGGACAUCUCAAAUGACACUGUAAGACAUUUACACCAACUGCUUUGGUUGAUGAGCAAUCAAAAUAAGAUUGAUGGAGUCACUGGGGCCUGGAGAGAUACUCACUCACCUCGAGUGCUGCCUGUCAAGGACAAUUACACAAAGAAAUGCUGUGAGCUUCAGAACAGAAAUGAGAGCCUGAACUACAGUUGGAUUCAGAUGGAAAUUGGUGUUACGCAGCCAUGACUUUAUCAAAGUACUUGCAGUUAAACAAGUUUUUCUGCAGUUAGAUAAACGUCAGCACAUCUAUAAAACUGAAUAUGCUGGGACUUAACUGACAGAAGUUGUUUUGGCUUUCUCCUGCGCCUCUGGUGAGUACCUGGAGAUGAAGAACCAGAUGUGCAGCAAAUGUGCAGAGGGGACCUACUCGCUGGGUAGUGGGAUCAAGUUUGAUGAAUGGGAUGAGCUGCCGGCAGGAUUCUCCAACGUGGCAACUUUCAUGGACACGGCGGUUGGCUCGGCUGAGAAUAAAGCUGACAGCUGCAACAACUCUUCAUGGACGCCUCGGGGGAAUUACAUAGAGUCGAACAGGGAUGACUGUACAGUUUCUCUCAUCUAUGCUGUGCACCUGAAGAAAUCUGGUUCUGUCUUCUUUGAAUACCAGUAUAUUGACAACAACAUCUUCUUUGAAUUUUUUAUACAAAAUGACCAGUGCAAGGAGAUGGAGUCCACAGCAGACAAGUGGGUGAAGCUAACAGACAAUGGGGAAUGGGGUUCUCAUUCUGUAACUCUGAAAUCAGGUAGCAAUAUAUUAUACUGGAGAACAACAGGGAUUCUCAUGGGGUCCAAAGUAGUAAAACCAGUUCUGGUGAAAAACAUCACAAUUGAAGGAGUUGCAUAUACGUCUGAAUGCUUUGCAUGCAAGCCUGGUACAUUCAGUGACAAGCCAGGGUCAUCUGGCUGCCAGAUGUGUCCAAGAAAUACUUAUUCUGAGAAAGGAGCUAAAGAGUGCACCAAGUGUAAAGAAGAAAUGUAUUAUUCAGACGAGGGAUCCAGUGGGUGUAUAGAGCGUCCUCCAUGCACAAACAAAGACUUUUUCCAGAUCCAUACCCCAUGUGAUAAGGAAGGAAAAACUCAGAUCAUGUACAAAUGGAUUGAACCCAAGAUCUGCAGAGAGGAUCUCCCUGAUGCGUUGACCCUACCUCCUUCUGGAGAGAGGAAGGAUUGUCCACCCUGCAAUCCUGGCUUUUACAACAACGCCUCGUCUUCCUGUACUCCUUGCCCACCAGGCACAUUUUCAGAUGGGACACAGGAGUGCAAAGCCUGCCCUGCUGGGACUGAACCAGCUCUUGGGUUUGAGUACAAGUGGUGGAACAUCCUGCCAGGCAACAUGAAGACAUCUUGCUUUAAUGUCGGCAACUCAAAGUGCGAUGGGAUGAACGGUUGGGAGGUGGCUGGUGAUCACAUCCAAAGUGGGGCAGGAGGCUCUGACAAUGACUAUCUUAUUUUGAGCCUGAACAUCCCAGGAUUUAAACCUCCGACAUCUGUGACUGGAGCAACUGGGUCAGAACUAGGACGGAUUACUUUUAUUUUUGAGACCAUCUGUUCAGCAGAUUGUGUACUGUACUUUAUGGCGGAUGUUAAUCGAAAAAAUACCAAUGUGGUGGAAUCAUGGGAAAGAAGUAAAGAGAAACAAUCCUACACUCACAUAAUCUCCAAAAACGCUUCCUUCACAUUCACCUGGGCCUUUCAGCGAAUAAACGAGGGCCAAGAUAGCAGACAGUUCAUCAAUGACAUGGCAAAGAUAUACUCCAUCACAGUGACCAACGCAGUGGAUGGAGUUGCUUCUUCUUGCCGGGCCUGUGCACUGGGAUCCCAGCAGUCUGGCUCAUCUUGCGUGCCCUGCCCCGCAGGACACUACAUCGAGAAGGAGACCAGCCAGUGCAGGGAGUGUCCAGCCAACACCUUCUUGUCCAUCCAUCAGGUCUAUGGCAGGGAGGCCUGCAUCCCGUGUGGUCCUGGCAGCAAAAGCACCAAGGACCACUCUGCCUGCUUCAGUGACUGCCUGAUGUCGUACAUCAAAGAUAACCAGAGCCUGAAUUACGAUUUUAGCAACCUCAGCCAGGUGGGCUCAUUGAUGAGUGGACCCAGUUUCACCUCCCGAGGGACCAAGUUCUUCCACUUCUUUAACAUCAGCCUGUGUGGGAAUGAGGGGAAGAAGAUGGCUAUUUGCACUGACAAUAUCACAGAUGUUACUCUGAAGGACAUGGUUGCAGAAACAGAAGAUUUUUCCAAUUUUGUGGGAGCUUUUGUCUGUCAGUCCACCAUCAUCCCAUCGGACAGCAAGGGUUUCCGAACAGCCCUGGCUCUGCAGUCCAACAGCCUUGCUGACAGGUUCUUAGGAGCUACUGUUGAAACAAUGCUGGAAAAUAUCAGCAUCAAGACAGAUAUAUUUCCUCCCUCUCCAAGCAAAAUACCUGAUGUGCAUUUCUUUUACAAGUCUUCAACAGUGACAACCUCUUGUGAAAAUGGCCGUGCAACUGUUGUGACAAUGAGAUGCAACCCCAACAAACCAGACCAAGGAGAGCUUUCUGUGCCCAGCUCAUGCCCUGCAGGCACCUGUGAUGGAUGCAUUUUCUACUUUGUAUGGGAAAGUGCAGAAGCUUGCCCUCUCUGCACAGAGCAAGACUACCAUGAGAUUGAGGGAGCCUGCAAAAAAGGAUUUCAGGAAACCUUGUAUGUAUGGAAUGAGCCAAAGCAUUGCAUUAAAGGGGUUCCCUUGCCAGGAAAAAGGACCAGCACUUGUGAAACUGUGGAUUUUUGGCUAAAAGUUGGAGCUGGUGUUGGUGCUUUCACAGCUGUUCUGCUCAUAGCCUUGACCUGCUAUUUUUGGAAGAAGAACCAGAAGCUGGAGUAUAAAUAUUCCAAAUUAGUGAUGACAGCAAACUCAAAAGAGUGUGAGCUACCAGCUGCUGACAGCUGUGCUAUAAUGGAAGGAGAAGAUAAUGAAGAAGAAAUAGUAUAUUCAAAUAAGCAGUCACUGCUGGGGAAGCUGAAGUCCUUGGCAACGAAGGAAAAGGAAGAUCAUUUUGAAUCUGUUCAGCUGAAAUCUUCAAGAUCCCAGAAUAUAUGAAGAAUUAAUGCUGCCUUCACAGAAACAAACCUAAUUUCUAUUUUUACAGGACCAUAUUUUAAACAUAUUCUGGCACACAUUGUAGUGGUGAUCUUGGUGAGAAAUGCUUGGCCAUUUAGAAGGAAAGAAGACAGGAAGCAAACCAGAAAAUUGGAUUGCCUUACCAUGUGAUUGAGUACCUUGCCAAAAAAGAAAGCAGAUGCUUAGAUUCCAUACUGGGAAUGAAAUUCAACUCAGGAAGAGAUAUACAUACUGCAAAUAACAUGAAUUUUUUCAUUCACCUGGGCAUUGCUCAGGCAUGCCAUAUGAUUUAUAGGUACCUUUCAUUUCCUAUCACUCCUUCUACACAUAUUCAUAAGAAAUGAUUUAUCAGAGAGGCCUGAAACAUCCUGCAAAGUUUGUGUAUUGUCCUUUAGUAGAAUAACUAUGAGUCUCUCUUACAAUCAAAAUUGUGAAUGGUACUUGGAAUGAGCCUCAGGUGAGUUUUGAACUUUGGAAAAUCCUUUUUAUUUUAAUGCUCUGAAGGGCUGGAUGGUCUGUGUCUGUCUCUAAUACAAGAGGCAUGGUGUUGCACCUGCAAGUUGAACCCAUUCUGAUGCCUAAGUCAUGGCCAUCAGAGUUGGGAUAAAACCUGGUGCUGUUAAAUUUAAAUGUGUUAACUGCUGUUGUAUGAAUUGUAAGUCUGGGCCCAUGAGUUUAUAGGCAGUAACAGGCUCAAACUCUAUAGGGAGAAGGAAAGUGAUACCUACAGUGCAAGUUGCACUUGUCCCUCUCUGUGGAAGCUUGUCCUUUCAAGAGAGGUCAGUGGCAGUUUCAGUAUCCUUCCUUGGGCUGCCAAUAUGUCACCUUCCCUGGGUUGCAAACCAACAAAGCCUGAACUCUGGAGGUAAAGCAAGAAUAUCUACUUCUGGAAAUCAGGGAUCGGCUUUGUCAUUUGAGAGGCUUAUUAAGAAUGCUUUGCCACCUUUAUUCCUGGACCCAUGCAAGGAAUGAGGAUGGAUGCCCAGCAGAACUGAGCAUGGGUUACGUACUUGUGCAGCUCAGCAUCAUAUGCUUUCUGCUGUCAAUGCGAGUACCUGCUUUGGAAGAAGGGCACAAAAUGUUGCCUUGGAAACUGAAGGCUAGGUGCACUUUUUCAUGAAAUCAGUCAUAUUAUAAGCAUGUGAUCUUCAUAUCCAUUGUAAUAAUUUCCUGAAAUUCCCAUUGAGUUCAAACUCAAAGGAAUCUGAAACAUAGGCAAAAAAUACAUGAGUAAUAUUAUGCAAGACUUCUAUAGAGCCAGGAGAAAAUGAGGAAUGAUUCUUGUAUUGACCUCUGGUCAGACUCAUAUUUCUAUUAUAGCAAAAUUAUAUGAGUUGUGGAAUGCAUUAAAUCCAGAAAAGACACAUGGGCAGUAAUGGUCAUUUUGCUAUAAGGAAUACAGAUUUUUGAUUUUAUAUGACUGAGCUAGAUCUAUCAAUAAAAGAGGGCCCACUUUUAAGUAAAAUUUAAAUCGAAUUUUCUGCAUUCUAAAUAUUUUAUUAUACUACAGAUGCGGACAAAAAUUUUAUGAAGUUUAGAUUUUUUUUUUUCCUUUAGGGAAAAUUCAGCUCAGUUAUUUUAUAUCUCCAGUCAAAGAACACAGACUUUACUCUUUUGAUGGGAGAUACUUCAGGCAUCUUAACUGAAGUGGUGUAUAUUUUUUGUUGUUCUUGAAAAAGCACUUCACUUUCUCAACAAAGAUUUUUAUGGGGUAUUGUUGAAUGUAUAUUAAAUACACAUUCAUUUUUGUAUAUUUUGUACCAUUGCACACUUAUAAUUGUACAUUGUAUUUGUUGUCAUGAUGUCAUUUAUAUAUGGUUGUCAAAGAUGAUAUAUGCUCACAGAGUAAAUGGAUAUGGAUUUGGGAUUUCACUUCUUGGAUCUUUUAUGAAGAGGGUUUUUAUGUUGUUGAUUUUUAUUCAACCAGUGUGCUGUAGCAUCAAAGAUAUAUAUCUGAUGGGCAUUCAUAAAAUAAAGUGAAAAUAUAUUUGAAA